AAUCAUCGAGAAUGUCUGAUUACUCAAACCCCCACGUAAAGUAGAAGGCAUCAUCGAAAUCUAAGAAUGGAUUUCGUGGAAUUGGAGGCGAUCGAGGGCCUCCGGUGGACAUGGCACUCAUGGCCGACGACCAAAACAGAGACCACGUCCCUCGUACUCCCUCUUGCCAUCAUGUGCACGCCACUGAUGCAGUCUGACUUGUCGGAGCUUCCGCUGCUCUCCUACGAACCCCUCGUAUGUACCAAAUGCGGUGCCGUUUUGAAUCCUUAUGCUCGCGUUGACUACCGGUCCCGUAUCUGGUGCUGUCCAUUUUGCUAUAAUCGGAACCCCUUCCCCAGAUCCUACGCCGGCAUAACUGACACUAACCUUCCUGCUGAGCUCUUCCCCACUUACAGUUCAGUGGAGUACGAGAUUGUUCGCAAUUCCACCUCCAAUUUCUAUGGCACUACUCCUAAUUGGUCCGGGUUGUACUCUUCUUCAUCCGGGUCUCUGUCGGCGAUGGGAUCGGUGGGUUCAUUGGCGCAGGUUGGCGGUGGAGGUAGCGGUGGGGAGGUCAGGAGGGCGGGACCUGCUUUUGUGUUCGUGGUGGAUGAGUGUAUGGCGGAGGAGGAGUUGAGUGCUGUCAAGAAUGAGUUGUUACGGGUCGUGGAGCAGUUGCCAGAGAGCACUUUGGUGGGGCUGGUUACAUUUAACUCCAUGGUUAAGGUGCAUGAUCUUGGGUACGGGGAGUGCUCAAGGGUUGUGGUUCUUCAUGGCGGUCGUGAGCUUUCAGCUGAGCAGACACAACAGUUUCUGGGCAUUAGUUGUACUAAGCAACAGCAUGUUGGGAAGAUACCAGUAGUCCAAAAGCAUGGUUUUUUGCUAACUGUGUCUGAAUGUGAAUUCAACGUAACCACUGCAAUUGAAGAAAUUUCUAAUGCAUCAGAAGUCAUGCCAGGCCAUCGACCUCAAAGGUGCACAGGAGCGGCCAUAUCAGCUGCACUUGGACUUUUGGAAGGAUGCCUAAUUAAUAAUACAGGCUCCCGAAUCAUGGUCUUCACAUCUGGGCCUGCAACUUUGGGUCCUGGAACUAUUGUAGAUGCAGAUCUUAGUAAAGCCAUCAGAACUCACAGAGACAUUGUAAAUGGUCAUUUGCCAUACUACAGAAAGUCGUGCUCCUUCUACAAGCGUUUGUCACAGAGAUUAUCCGAUACUGCUGUUGUUCUUGAUCUAUUUGCUUGUUCUCUUGAUCAAGUUGGAGCAGCAGAGCUAAAAGUCCCUGUUGAGCUCUCGGGUGGAUUCAUGAUGCUAGGGGAGUCGUUUGAGUCUGAUCAAUUCAGAAAAUGUUUGCGGUACAUUUUCAGUCGUGACAAAGAGGGACAUUUGAAGAUGUAUUUUGACGCAACCAUUGAAAUAGUGACAACAGAAGAUGUAAAAAUUUGUGGAGCGCUUGGGCCUUGUCUCUCUCUUCGGAAAAAGAAUAAUUUAGUCAGCGACAAUGAAAUUGGGGAGGGUGGUACUUAUAUAUGGAAGUUGGGUACUCUCACUAAUAAAACAUGCAUUGCUUUCUUUUUCCAAGUGAGUGAUUCUCGAAAACCCCAGCCUGGAUCAGCAUUUUUUAUACAGUUUAUAACAAAAUAUCAGCACGGGAACUUGGGAAUUCGUCGGAGGGUGACAACUGCUGCAAGACGAUGGGUUGGGAGCAAGUCAUCGGAAGUUUCUACUGGAUUUGAUCAAGAAGCAGCAGCCGUAGUCAUGGCUAGGCUAGCCAUCAACCGUGCAGAGAGUUGUUAUGCCCGAGAUGUUAUCAGGUGGCUUGAUGAUGCACUUGUUCGUUUUACAUCUGAGUUUGGCGAUUACAUUCAGGAAGAUCCAUCUUCCUUCCAUUUGUCAUCUAACUUCUCCCUUUACCCCCAAUUCAUGUUCUAUUUGAGAAGGUCCCAAUUUAUUGAUGUCUUUAACACCACUCCUGAUGAGACUGCUUUCUUCCGGCUGAUGCUAAACCGUGAGGGUGUAGUGGGUUCUCUUAUAAUGAUCCAACCUACACUUUUUCAAUAUUCAUUUGAUGGGCCUCCUAUUCCGGCGCUCCUUGAUGUUCGCUCGAUCUCUCCUGAUACUAUAUUGCUUUUUGAUUCUUACUUCCAUGUGGUUAUUCACUGUGGGUCCAAGAUUGCUCAGUGGAGGAAGCUUGGCUAUCACAAAGAUCCAAACCAUGAAAACCUGAGAAAGCUGUUGGAAGCCCCAGAGCUUGAUGCAGAGCAAUUAGUGGCUGAAAGAAUUCCAGCACCCAAACUGAUAAAAUGUGAUCAGCACGGUAGUCAGGCUAGGUUUCUUCUAGCCAAGUUAAAUCCAUCAGUUACUCAGAAUUCAACGUAUACAGAAGGAUUAGAUGUUAUAUUUACUGAUGAUUUGAGCUUGGAAGUUUUCAUAGAUCAUUUGCAGACCCUGGCAGUACAGGGCUAAUGCAGAAUAGAGGUGUGUGUAUAUUGUUUAUAAAUCAUUUGUUUAUAUUUAGUUACAGUAAAAGAAGUCUUCUUUUUUGAGCUGAGGAGACUGACUGGUUUACCAAAAUAGAUACGACGAGUGUUGAGUUUGAGUUUCUCUUUAUUCAGUAAAAGCAGAGGUUCCUUGGUUUGAUUUUAGGCUUUAUUUGUAUCCAUUGAGGUUUGCGAGAGUCACUGUGAUUGCAUGAUUUUAGAGAAUGGAGUUCAUUAUUUUAUUUCUUUU